AAUGCGUCAAAGAGGGCCCUUACCGGCUUUGGAAAGAUGCUUUGGCACACCAUUCGCAAAAAACCAUGGAGAUAUGACGGUUAUGGUUGCUACUGUGGUUUUGGUGGGAAAGGAGACCCUGUGGAUGAUUUGGACAGGUGAUCAUCAAACUUUUUUUUCAUAUCAUCAAUACUGAUUGACUUUUUUUAGUAUCGUGCAGGCUCUCCACUAAUGCUAAGUAAUUAAAGAGACCGGAAAAGUAUACCCCUUGUAACCGAGGAUAAGAAAACCUUGUUUGCGAAAGGUUCGUUAUCCAAUCCCAUUCUCUUACGCAGACACACGAUACUCCACGUUCCCUUUCGUACACUCCUGGAUUUUCUUAAAUUGCAUUAUUUAAAAUUUCGUCAAUAUAUUGAAGAAAGAAAAAUGAGAAAUAGUAGUGGGUGCUAUUAAAUCUUUUUUUCAUCAUUUGCUGUUGUUUUGAUAUUUUACAACAACCAACAAAGGUAAAGUUUACAUUUUUUUCCUUAACAAUACUCUGCUAGGAAGAGUACUUAUUGUCAUUUUCGGAAAAUUGGAAAUGAUUCAUUUAACUAUCUCUGGAAAAACAAUGAGCACUAUUUCAUGUAGAGAGCAGCAACUGAAUAAUCAAGUCAAUCUAUUCAUAGGUGCUGCUUCCACCAUGACAACUGUUACCAUGACAUUCAAAAGUCGGAAAUCUGUCCAUUCGAGGCAGGAGUGUAUGUUAUGCCCUACACAACAGAAGAGAAUAAACCCACUAAAUGCAGUAAGUUUUCCGAUCUAUCUAACUGGUACAAAAAGGUUUUCACUAGUUUUGUUUUGUUUUUUUUUUUCGUUUCUUUUUUGAUAGUUUCUUGAUUUUACUCUGUUUCACUUUAAUUUGUUUUUGCUUCGUGUUGUUUGUUGUCUAUACUUUAAUAGUGCAAUGCUUGUUUUCCCACAUAGCCUUUAUUUAUACGAAACGCACUUCCACAUUUCGGAAAUUUCGUCUCCUUCAGUAGAGGAUCCGCGUUUUAAAAAGUAAUUUCUUUUACCUUGUAAACCAGCUUCUUAUCUAUAUCUUACACACUGAUCUAUAACAUUUAGUCCAAGUUGCGUUGCUUUUCACUUUAAACAACAGAUCCUAUAACUCAUAAAUUAUUUCAUUUUCCCUCAGAACCUGCCUCUUAUUACCGCGGUUACGGAGAAUGCCGCUCUGCCUUGUGCGAAUGCGAUGCAGUUGCCACCGAAUGCUUCAAGAGGAGUGACUUUAACGAGAAAUACAAAAAGUACUCUCGGAACAAGUGCUAG